AUGAAAUUUACAUUGUUUGCUCUCUUCGUCUUCGCAUUGGUUGCGCUUGCGCAUGGUGCCCCAGCUGAUGAAUUGGAAGUUCCCACCGGCGCAGUGGUGACUGCCACGGAGAGUUCGGAAGCAAUCGAGCUAUUCGGCGCAGGCGCAAGUCGAUCCCGCCAACGCAUUUGCACCAUACAACUUUGCCGCGCCGUUUGCGGUUCGCUCGGGUUCCGCUGGGCUAGGUGCACACCGCAGAGAAUAUGCCAAUGCAGGAAUUAA